AUGGAAGUUGCGAGCCUGGUAUUGGCUGUGGCGGGAACACUGGAUCUAUGUUUGAAAUAUGGGAAUAGCCUCGUGAUGCUUUGCCGCGAACAGCGAAACCUCGAGUCAGAUCUCGAAGAGAUUUCCCUUACGUUCGAAGGCCUAUGGAUCAAGACGGAAAUUCAAUUACAAUCUGUCAAGGCUCUAUGGACCACUCUACCGCCUGCACUUCAAGCUCACUAUAGUGACGUACUAUCUCACCUGCAGAUAAAGAUCACGGGUGCGUUCAAGACCUACGAACGGGUUACAGCUUUUGUGAAUGCAGCAUACCGAAUUCAACGCCGAGUCCGAGCUGUGUACCUCAAAAGACAUCUGCAGCAAAUUGUGCUGGAUCUGGAAGAGUGGCAGAAGCGAUUUGAUCCGUCGUGGUACUUGAUUACACGUAUUGCAAACCCACUAGUCGAUCAGCAGCUGGGAAGCUCCGUCUCAAGUCGGGAUCCAUCAAUGCGUCGGCUGAAAAUGAUGAGAAAGGCUAUACAAGCAUGUCAUUCUGGCCAUGAUAUAGAGCAAGGCUCAGUAUUCAAGAAUGCUGGCGUUAUCGCUGAUAGUAUGUCCCAAAUCUCGGGAACUAAUACGUACCUUUCAAACUAUCGCCACAACUCGCGGCCAGUACUCCUUGAUCGCAUAUGCUACAAAGCAGGCGCAGUCGGUAUUGAUGGGCGAAAGAACGUCCGUGACCUCGCAAGGCUGCUCCUCCACGUUGAGCCGGACACAUUCAGCCUUCUCAAGUGCAGUGGGGUAGUUGAAUUGGGAGAGGAAGGCAACACUCAGUUCCAAUACAUCUUCGAAAUUCCGGAGGGACUAUCCACCCCUAAAACACUCCGCUCUCUCUUGCGAGAAAUGAUUCGAUGCUCAUUAAGCCAGCGCUUCCAGCUCGCCAAGCAUCUCGCGCGAUCCGUCAUGUUUCUCCAUGCGACAGGGUUCGUGCACAAGAAUAUCAGACCUGAGACCAUGAUUGUUUUCGCAAAUACCUCUGGGUCAAUGUGCCAGUCAUUUCUUAUUGGCUUCGAAAGCAUACGUAAGGAAGGGGGCUCGACAGAACGGAUUGGGGACCUGGAAUGGGAGAGAAAUCUCUACCGGCACCCGAUGCGACAGGGUCUUUUCCCCGAAGAUGUGUUCACAAUGGAACACGACAUUUACAGUCUUGGGGUCUGCCUGCUCGAGGUGGGAAUGUGGUCCUCGUUUGUUCUAAACGAGGGCGAUGCUGUAACUCCUUGUGGAGAGCUAGAGAUAUCGAACGCUUUGGCUGACAAUGAUCCGCGCCGCAGAGGCUUUGCCGUCAAGGAUAGGCUUGUCCAACUGUCCAAAGAGCGUCUGCCAAGUCUAGUUGGAGACAGAACCGAGGAGAACUCGUUUCAACCUUCUGAGCUGAGAGACGAUGACGGGAUUAUUGUUGGUGUUCGGUACAUAGAAAAUAUACUCUCGAAGAUAGAAGAGCUUUGCGUUUAA